AUGGAUACCCUUCAGAACUCUGUCAUCAAGCCUCUUCAGCCCUUGCUGAAGCCGAUCGUCUCCGCCAUCCCCGAACCCGUGCACGAUGCCGUCGUCUCUCUGAUCGGCAAGCCCUGCCAUAGCGCCCUGCUGCUCGACCUCGACGUUACCAAGGAUCCUCUCUGCACAUCGCUUGCGAUCUCCAAGGCCCUCGGCAUCGCCAUCGUCGGUGCCAGCGCCGUCGUCAAAAUCCCGCAGAUCCUGAAGCUGAUCAACUCCCGCUCGUCGGCCGGUGUUUCAUUCGUCUCCUACGCACUCGAAACCGCCAGUCUACUCAUCACCCUCUCGUAUAGCGUGCGCAACCAGUUCCCAUUCAGCACCUAUGGCGAGACUGCUCUCAUCGCCGUGCAGGAUAUCGCCGUCGGUGUUCUCGUCCUCAACUAUGCAGGCCGCUCCGCCGCGGCCGCGACUUUCGUUGCGGUCGUAGCUGCCAGUGUUUAUGCGCUGCUGUUUGACCAGACUCUUGUAGAUGCGCAGACUAUGGCGUACUUGCAGGCUGGUGCUGGUAUUUUGGGUGUUGCGAGCAAGGCUCCUCAGAUCUACACUAUCUGGCGCGAAGGAGGUACCGGUCAGCUGAGCGCUUUCGCGGUCUUCAACUACCUUGCCGGAUCCCUGUCCCGGAUCUUCACCACCCUCCAGGAAGUCGAUGACAAGCUGAUCCUUUACGGAUUCAUCGCCGGCUUCUCGCUCAACGUGAUUCUCGCCACGCAGAUGCUUUGGUACUGGAAUGCCCCGGCAACCAAGCAGAAGGCAGCUCCUCGCGCAAAGGCCAUCGAGGUGCCCUCGGCCAAGAGCACCGGAGCGUCUCCCGGAGCGUCUCCCAGACCCGGCGCGAAGACACCCACGACCCGCCGUCGGGGCUAG